AUGGAUGAGAUUAAGAGCAAAAGCGCCAGGGCAGCUAGUCAAGCAUGGAGAAGCAAGCCUCGCAAGUUCGCUCCAAAGUCAAGGCUCGGCUGUAAGACUUGCAAAAUAAGACGAAUAAAAUGCGAUCUCUCCCAGCCUUCAUGCAUGAAGUGCCAGUCCACAGGUCGCACCUGUGAUGGCUAUAGUGAAAUGCCCUACGCUUUCAAGGCCGACAUUGCAUCAAGUCAUUAUCAUGGGGAGAAGCCCAAUAGGGCAGACAACUGUGACAAUUACAACCCUAACGCUACGAUCUGUGCGUAUCAGGCAAAACAAUGGCACGCAAAAUCCCAUGACCUGAGUUCGCACAACCUCGGGCCCCUCAUGGUCUUACCAGCCACCGGGCCAGCGCAAACAGAGGCAAUGUGUUUUUUCGAGUAUAUUUCGAUCAAACAUCUGAACGAAUAUCGUUCGAAUAAAACGUGGCGGAAGACCCUCAUGUUCUUCUCCCAAACAGUGCCAUCAGUGCGAUAUGCCGCCACUGCAUUAGCCUUGGCCAAUCGAAGCUACCUGGAUCGCGAUUCUAGGGGCCGUUUGCACCAACCUUCGCUGAAUAAAGAUGCCUUGUUUUACUAUAAUCGAGCCAUUCAGCUCCUCUUGAACCAAGAUUCUGGAGACAGCGACGAGACAACAGCAAUUACGCUUUUGGUCUGCUACCUUUUCACCUGCUUUGAUCAUCUGGCGGGUAACUACGUACAAGCAAUGAAGCACUUACGCGGGGGCGUAGAGCUCUCUCGCAACAUCGACAAGACUAUCCUAGACAACAAUGCAUAUGAUGAUGCCAAAUCCCCAGCAGUUCGUACGCUUAUCUGCCAAGUUACAAGACAGAUCCGUCGCCUCGAUACGCAGGCUGCAACUUUUCUCGUCGAUUGGACUCCCAUUGAUGUCCAAGAGACACUCAUACCUCAUCAUCUGCCCUCUAACAAUGACUUUUCAUCCCUCGACCAAGCCGCCGACCACCUCCAGAUCCUUGUCGCUCGUGUAAUGGGACUGCGCAAUGCAGAGCAGGAAAUGUUCUUCACGGGCGAGAUACCGCCAUCUCCAUUGUCUUCAAUCAAGGAAAAUAUUCUCACGGAGUUGGAAACGUGGUCAAAUCUCUUUGAGAACACUCUGCAGCGAGGCAAUCCCUACGAGACCGAUUCUGAAGCCUACCCUCUCAUAUCACUACUGCGCCUACAAUAUAUUAUCGCGUGGGCUUUGCUCAGUAGUUAUGGGGCUGGCAGAGAAAUGGAAUAUGACAACUUCCUGCCCCAGUUCCAGCAAUGCAUUGGUGUCCUUCCCGUCCUCUACAUAAUUGGAGUCAAAUGCCGACAUCCCGUGGUCCGACGCGAAGUGUUGAGUAUCUUACGGCGGCAACCGAUACGAGAGGCGAUUUGGGAUAGCAUCUCUACUGCCAGGGUGGUUGAGCGAGUAAUAGAGAUUGAAGAGGGUGGACCUGAGAAGAGGGAAAUGAUACGGAAUAUGGAGCAAAUCGCUGUGUGGCAGAGACUUGAGGCUUUAUCUUGGAUACAAGAGUCUGCGGUCAGAGUAGACAUUACCUAUACGUUCUGCACACGAGAAGGAAUGCAUAAUGAGACUCUCAUGGUAUAA